AUGGGCGAGGAGCAGAGCACCGUGAGCGGCGGCGGCGGCGGCGGGCCCCAGGAGGCGCGGGCCCAGGCUGGCGGCGCCGCUGGCCACCGCGAGCCCCCAAGGCCGACGGGGGACAGCUCGGGGGGCCCCGGGCCGCGCGCCGCCUCCGCCGAGCCGAGCAGUGGUGGCGGCGGCGGCUGCGGAAGGGACUCUGGCUGCGCGGACUCGAACGCCCCGGAGCCCGCGAGGAGCCGGGGAGACCCGCACUGGAGGAGCAGCCAAGCAGUGGGGCGGCCCACGGGACUGGCGUUCCCCGGGCUCCUCAACCCGCAGACUUUGCAACUGCAGUUGGAGCAGGAGCAGCAGCAGGAGGAAGCUGGGGACCGACACGAGGGAGGGGAUGAACAGCAGGAGGCGCCCCCCGGCGAGGAGCCGGAGCCCAGGGGCCGCGCCGGGGCCCCCAACGGACUGCUGCUGGACGUGCUGGGUCAGCGGCGCCCGCCCUCCGCCAGGAAGCAAGUCUUCUGCUCCGUGUACUGCGUGGAGAGCGACCUGCCCGAGGCCCCUGCCACCGAGCAGCUCUCGCCGCCUGGGUCCCCACCUCGGGCUUCGCCGGUGCCGAAGCCCCCCAGCCCCGUCCCCUCCUUCCCCAGCCCCCGGCUGUCCCUGCCGGCGGAGCCCCUGUCCCCCGACGGCGGCAGCAUCGAGCUGGAGUUCUACCUGGCGCCCGAGCCGCUCUCGGUGCCCAGCCUGUUGGGAGCGCCACCCUACCCGGGCCUGGGCGGAGUAGGGGACACCUAUGCGCCCCUCAUGGUGCUGAUGUGCCGGGUGUGCCUGGAAGACAAGCCCAUCAAGCCCCUGCCCUGCUGCAAGAAGGCCGUGUGCGAGGAGUGCCUCAAAGUCUACCUGAGCUCGCAGGUACAACUUGGCCAAGUAGAAAUCAAAUGCCCCAUCACAGAGUGUUUUGAAUUCCUGGAAGAAACAACAGUUGUCUAUAACUUAACACAUGAAGACUCCAUCAAGUAUAAAUACUUCUUGGAACUUGGUCGCAUUGAUUCCAGUACCAAGCCCUGUCCUCAGUGCAAGCACUUUACAACCUUCAAGAAAAAAGGACAUAUUCCCACCCCUUCCAGAUCAGAAAGCAAAUACAAAAUCCAGUGCCCCACUUGCCAAUUUGUCUGGUGUUUUAAGUGCCACUCUCCUUGGCAUGAAGGUGUGAACUGCAAGGAGUACAAAAAAGGAGACAAAUUGUUGCGUCAUUGGGCCAGCGAAAUUGAACAUGGACAGAGAAAUGCCCAGAAGUGUCCAAAGUGCAAGAUCCACAUCCAGAGAACUGAAGGAUGUGACCACAUGACCUGUUCACAGUGUAACACUAAUUUUUGUUAUCGAUGUGGGGAGAGAUACCGCCAGCUCCGUUUCUUUGGAGACCACACAUCAAACCUCAGUAUAUUUGGAUGCAAAUAUCGCUACCUCCCAGAGAGACCUCAUUUAAGGAGAUUAGUGCGAGGGUCGGUCUGUGCUGGAAAAUUAUUUGUUGCACCUCUAAUCCUGGUGUUGGGAUUAGCACUAGGGGCCAUAGCAGUUGUAAUCGGUUUAUUUGUAUUUCCUAUCUAUUGCCUUUGUAAAAAACAGAGAAAACGGUCACGGACAGGUAUGCACUGGUGAAGGGCAGAUGCUUCCCCUGGCUCAGGAGGUCCAGGUAGGAGCUUGACAGAGUGGUACGGCCAUCUGUGCAUCACAGCCUGGAAAACACUGAGAGCAGCCUCCUGCCAUCUUGGUCUCCCAUGGUUCCCUGUAGGCCACAAUGCCUCUAGCUAUGGUGCGCUCCCAACAUGAUAUCCUGUUGUUUCCCUAAACAAAUUGCUGCUUUUCACAGUCACUUUCAUAAACUAUAAACAUCUGUGUCAUAACUCUGACUUUUGUAGUCCUUGGAAGAAAGUAUUUUACUUGAGAACCAGUUAUCCUCAGAAUUGUUCUGAGCACGCCUCUCCUGAGCAUUGCCGCAGACUGUCUUUGACCCCUGCACCUCCCUCCAGGUCACCCUGUGAGACUUGGUGUGAACAGCUCAAGUCCUGUCUGUACCAAGAAGCAUUCUGCCACUUUUGGAAGAUAAAAGCUCACCGAAUGCACCUGUUUUCAUCUGUGGCCCAAGCAGUUUAAUUCUUUUAUCCUUCAGAUGGUGUCAUUGCUGAAAAUCUCAAUGCCCUAAAGGGAACUAAUGAAGCUAAAUUAAUGAGAAGAAUCAUGAGUUACUGAAGUGUAUAUGUGUAGGGGUGUGAAUAUGUGUAAAUAUUAAUAUAUAUUAAAACUAGACCCAGUAACCCUGUAUUUAUCUAUUUCCCUGCCUCUACACUAUUUUUCCACAUUUUCGUAGACCUAUUUAAAGAUGACGGUUCCUUUGUGGGCAUACUUUGGUAAUGUAUUGAAUUAAAGUCAAUGUAGACAACAGGCUAUCCUGAUGUUGACCCUUUCUAUGUCUUGCUGUCUCUCUCUGUCACACACACACACACACACACACAAAUUUGCCAAUGUCCCCCUCAAGGAAUAUGAAGCUUUGUAAACUGACAAAAUAGGAUGCUUUUAGGAAAUUUUCCAGACCCAAAUGCUAAUUCUUUUCCUGUAUUUUGACAUAUGUGAUUCACUUUAUGGAUAAAUUAUUCCACACAGGUUUCUUUAAUACAAAGAACAAGUUUGUUGUAUAGAGAGAACUGCUUAAGCCUUUAAACAAAUCCCUUCUCUGCUAAUAUUUUAACCAACUUGUAAUUACAGAGAAUUGUGCUAUAAGUUAAGGUUUUACAUUAUUUAAUACUCCACCUUUUCCCUUAGUCUCUCUUUCUUUUUAUUUGUCCCAAAGUUUUUCAUAAAAACAAAAACAUUUUUGAAGGAUUUGUCUUAGGUUGACUGCUCAAAUGCAUAAACUCUAUCUUUUUAUGGAGGGGUAAUUUGAAAAAAACUUCAUAGAUGUAUCUACAAUAGAAACGGCUUUUGGAAAAGAAAAAAGUGCAGAAAAUAUUUCAGGAAUUUUCUUCUAACCUGAGAAUUCUUUAAGAAAGGACAAGUACCUGCUAAACCAUGAUAUUCUAUUGUUUUCAUCACAGACAUUCACCAGCAGAGAGGAAGAAGCCUCAAUUUCCAGUCAUUUCCAAAUUCUUAAAAUUAGCUGUGUGCCAUAAAUAUAGCACUCAUUUGUCAUCAACCUUGUCUGACUCUAAAUAGAUUAGGUAACAAAACAUGCAUUAACAUGGAUAGUUUGUCUUUGUUGACUCCAGAGCAUAAGAACAUUUUAUCACUUUUGUUUGACCUAAAGAGUACAUGAUAGUGAUGGCUGAAGCCACACAGUUCACAUUUCUGAAUAACACAAAAUAGCUCCACUACAGUUUCUGGGCUGCUUGCAUGUUUCAGAUAGAAGAGGGUGUAGCAUCCCUGGCAGUCCUGGAAUAGCGGGAAGUAGAACACAAGAUGAGAAGAUGUGAUGUUCUGGUUUCACAGCUCCAUCUUUUCAUUUUCCCUUCCAUGUAUUCCUGAGUGUCUUUUUGAGGUACUCCAGUAUUAAAACUUAAUGAAUGAGAAUGUCUAGCUUAAAUUCAUGUAUUUCUGCCAUUAAAGUGCUUCAUUUUUGCAAAUUCACCUUUCCUGAACUUAGGCAUUAGUUUGGCAAUGUGUGAAUGGGAUGACUUCUAAAUCUAGCAGAUAUCUGCAUGUAGGAUAUAUAUCUACACAUAUGUAUCAUACAUAUGCAUACAUUUGCCAUUUACAUAUAUGCUAGCUGGCAGAGUAAUAUACUCUCUGGUCUUAGAUCAUCUAGUUUCUUAGGUUUUUAUAUCUGUUGUCUUUGACUUACUCAGGGAUUUUUAUUCCUUUCUUUGAAUAACUUAUCUUUUAGAAGUAUUUUUAUAUUAUUUGGAAAACUUUCCACUAUCCCAGUUACAGCAAUGUCCGUUAUCAGUGAAGACUAUUCACCAGUGCUUGAGAAGUGUGCACUGUGUUACACAAGAUUUUCAUUUUUCUAUGCAUAGAUUUUUUAAAUUAAUGUAUGCAUUUUUCUCCUAUAAGAUUGCUAUAUUUGGCCUUUCUCUGCUGGUAACUUAUUAGUGAAUUUUUUUUUACUUAGUUUUAUCAGGAUCUUAAAAACAGAAUAAAAUGAAAAGAAAUAUUUAUAUGUCAGUGACAACUUUGAAGAUAUAACAGUAGUAACUUUUGGGAUAAAUUCUAAGAACUAUUUUAGGAAAAGAAGUGUGCACAAAACAUAAAUAUCUUUCUA